AUGACAACUACAGAAUCUUCCUACUCGAGCCGACAAGUAGUCCCUGGUUCUGUGGACCUUCCCAUCGCAUCAUGGCCAGCGACUACUAAAGAUGAGUCUGUGGAUGCUCUCUCGGUAGCCUCCAAAAUCGUAGAUACAUUCAACAAUCUCCUUACAAAGUCAGACCAUAAGGCUAUAGCGAGUCUCUUUCUUGAGAAUGGCUAUUGGAGAGACCAUCUUGGAUUGACUUGGGACUUCCACACCUUGAAGGGCCGAGAAAAGAUUACCUCUUUCUUGGAUAAAGGCCAUCACCUGGCUAAUAUCGAAAUUGACCAACAAUUUUCCGAGAAAAAGGUCGGGGCAGAAUUUGCGGAUUUCCGAGCUGAUGGAUCCGUCAGUGGAAUCCGAGUGUAUCUUCGCAUUAAUAGCAAGCAUGGAUCUGGCCGUGGGCUUGCCCAGCUUGUUCAGACUGGUGGCGAAUGGAAAAUUUGGACCCUGUAUACCUCUGUGCAAGGCCUUAACGAUCACCCCGAACCAUUUGGCUCCUUGAGAGCGAACGGUGCUACUCAUGGGUUACACAUCGGGAGGAAAAACUGGCUAGAAAGAAGGCAGGCGGAGAUCAACUUUGAAAGUUCUGACCCCGACGUACUUAUUAUUGGGGCUGGGCAGGCUGGGCUCUCUGCACAUGCUCGAUUAAAGAUGUUACAGGUCCCUACUCUGAUCAUUGACAUGAACGACAAUGUGGGCGACAACUGGAGAAAACGGUACCAUCACCUAGUGCUUCACGACCCUAUAUGGUACGACCAUCUGCCAUACAUGAACUUUCCAGACUUUUGGCCGAUAUUUACUCCGAAAGACAAGCUAGCAGACUUUUUAAAGGCAUAUGCUGAGUUCCUCGAGUUGAACGUAUGGACUAGUACGAGCCUUGAGUCUAGUACUUGGGAUGAUGAGAAGAAACACUGGGUCGUCGUUCUGAAGCGAAAGAAGAAGGAUGGAAGUGUCGAGGUCCGGGAAUUACGCCCCAAGCACAUCGUGCAAGCCACUGGCCAUUCUGGAAAGAGAAAUUUCCCUGAAUUCAAGGGUAUGAAGCUCUUCCAGGGUGAUGUACUCUGUCACUCUUCCGAUUUCCAAGGGGCGAAGAAGAACACCAAAGGAAAGAAAGCUGUUGUGAUUGGCGGCUGCAAUUCUGCAAUGGACAUUGCUCAAGACUACUACGAAAAUGGAUACGACGUAACCCUUGUUCAGCGAUCGUCAACUACCGUCAUAGGUAACAAGACAGUCAUGGACCACUUUUUAGGACCUUUAUAUUGCGAGGGAGGCCCCCCAGUCGACGAGGGGGAUUUGAUCGCGUGGAGCAGACCAUCUGAGCUGUUCAAGGCUCUGCAUGCUGAUAUCAACGAGAUUUCAGAAACCAAUGAGAAGGACAUCCUUGAAGGUCUCGCUAAAGCUGGUCUUAAAACGGAUCGAGGUCCGAUGAACUGUGGAAUGUGGAUGAAAUAUCUCCAACGUGGUGGAGGGUACUACAUUGAUGUCGGAACCACGCAGUUGAUCAUCGACGGCAAGAUCAAGGUCAAGCAUGGCUUUGGCAUCAGCGAGAUUCUUCACAAGGGCGUGAAACUCGAAGACGGGACUGAGCUAGAAGCAGAUGAGAUUGUCUGCGCGACAGGAUACGGAAACAUGCGGACAUCUACAGAGGCCAUAUUUGGGGAGAAGGUUGCGAGCAAAACCUCUGAUGUUUGGGGCUUCGACGAGGAAGGCGAGAUCAAAGUAAUGUGGCGGCCGAGCGGUCACCCAGGGUUCUGGUACCACGGUGGCAAUCUUGCCAUCUGCCGUUACUUCUCACGGUUUUUGGCUGUUCAGAUAAAGGCACAGCUUGAAGGGCUCUACAAGCCAUCUCAAGCUUAG